GCACUUCUGAAACGUCACAGCACGUAUGACCGAAGACAGCACGGGCCCAGUCUGGACUGCUAACCUAACACUUUGGAUUAAAUAUUCAUCGUACCUGAGGUUUUUAAGUUUUUAUAAUUAAAGGCGGAAUCCUCCUACUUCCGCUCUCGCUCUGAAAGCGGGGUGUUUUCCUACAGCUGCUCGCGCCCCACCCACAGCCCCUGCGUUGUUGUUGUUGUUGUUUUUAUCAACAGUCGCGCGCUGUGGCUCGUGUUAUCGUCGCCUGAUUUGUGCCGACAGUUGGCUCGCCGCGCGCAUGCAGCAGAAUGGCUCGAGCGGUUCCAACGGUUCUGACGGCUGCAGCAGGGAUCGCCAGUCUCUGUCCUUCAGCCCGCUGCCCGCCGCUACUACACGGGUAAGGAGGUUCAUUCAGGAGAGACGGACUCUCCCCCUACCCAGAGUGAUGGUGGUAUUCUCGGCCGCAGGUGACACAGAGAAACCGGGCGAUGCCAUGUCCAGCUCGGACUCUGUGGAGGAGGAUUUCCGAAAGCCGGCCUCCCCAGCGCCCAACUUCACCCUCAGCAACCCGCUCCGCUCCUCGCUGAACACACAGGAGGAGUUUCCAGAGGUCAUCUCUCUGAAUGUUGGGGGCAUGUACUUCACCACUCGCCUGUCCACGCUGCGGCGAUUCGAGGACACCAUGUUGGCCGCCAUGUUCAGCGGCCGUCAUUACAUCCCACGUGACGCUGAAGGGCGCUACUUCAUCGAUCGGGAUGGGACAUAUUUUGGGGACAUCCUGAACUUCCUCCGAGAAGGUGAGCUUCCUCACAGGGACCGAGUGCGAGCCGUGCACAGAGAGGCUCAGUACUACUCCAUUGGCCCGCUGCUGGACAGCCUGGAGGACUCUCAGCCGCUCACAGGGGAGAAAGUACGACAAGCUUUCCUUGAUCUGAUGCCCUACUACAAAGACAACCUGGAGCGUAUUGUGGAGAUUGCCAAACUGAGGGCCAUGCAGAAAAAGGCACGGUUUGCCAAGUUGAAGAUCUGCGUCUACAAGGAGGAGAUGCCUAUCACGCCAUAUGAGCGUCCUCUUUUUAACUCUCUGCGUUUUGAGCGUUCGGACAGCGAGGCCAAGCUCUUUGAGCAUCACUGCGAGGUGGACGUUUCCUUCGGACCUUGGGAGGCAGUGGCAGACGUUUAUGACCUGCUGCACUGCAUCGUCAGUGACCUGGCCGAGCGCGGCAUCACUGCGGAGCAGCAGUGCAUCGGUGUCUGUGACAAGCACCUUAUCAACCAUUACUACUGCAAGAGGCCCAUCUAUGAGUUUAAGAUCACAUGGUGGUGAAGCUGGAGGAAGACAGUUAUGGAUCGGGCCAAAAAGCAAAAGGAUGGAUGUUCCAUCUUUACUGUAACUCAGCCGAUAUUGGUUUUUGUAUUGAAGUUGCCAAUAUUUUGUGCUGAUGUCCUAAAAAUGUGACCCUUUAAAUCAUACUCCAACAUAGUAAGUAUUAUAUUUCCCCAAAAUAUUCUUCUUUUCUUUCUCUCUGAAGCAAAGAAAUGAAAUACCAACACUUUCCAGUUGAAUCCAGGCCAAUGAGAAACACAACUACUACUUUAAAGAGUAACGUAACGCCCCUUGAGAAUCCCGAUUUUUGAUGACCCCCACUGGUUUAACUUCUCCCCUUGAUGCAGUAAUGUACAGGUGUACUCCAGGACCCUGUGACAUCACAGUUGGGUGUGGUUAAAGGUGCAACAAAGCACACGUCAGUUAUGAAGAAGAGGUGAAACUAAAACUUUCAACCAGAGAUGGCAGACAACACUGCUGUUUAGUGUGCAGGUAAGUUACUAUUUAAAGGUCUAUUCAAAGUCUAUAAAGGUCUACCAUUAAAUGAUAACAUUUAAGUCGCAUUUCAGCUGUAUUUUUCAGUUGUGAGACUCACAUCUUGUCUCCACUAGUGUCUUCCCUUGAUGUGUUCAGGCUCAGUACUGCGUGUGUAAUCAGAUGGUUUUGGCAGCGUUUUGAGCCCAGUACACAGCCAUUGUAGUUACGUGCAAAUUGAAGAAAAGCCCAAAGCGAAAAAAAUAUUCAAUAUAUUCGAAAAGUCACGUAAAACGUGAGUGAAAGGAAAGCCAUUAUGCAGCUUCUGUACACAGCUGUGUUGAUUAAAACUCUUUGUGUAUCUGUCAGACACGUGUGAAACGGACAAUUAAAAAACAUGACAGUAACACGUUGGUGCAGAAAGCCUGUUGCGCGUCUGACGGCUUCAAUUAUAAUCAAUACAGCUGCCACUUUAAGUGAGAUUAUGUAACUUUUGCCAAACAUCAGCCACAGUGGCCAUAAAUCACAAAAAAAGCAUAAUGGUAAAUGCUUAAAUGUGUAACAGUAGCACAAGCAGAGACUGUACUGUACUGUUAUACAGUAGUGUCUGUCUAAUAUUUGCUAAUAUUAGCCACCGUAAGCUACUGGUCAUACCAGACUAAGUAUGGCUGUAGCUGCCAAACUCCUUUGUGUGUUGAAUUAAACAAUGGUGCACGUUUUGUUUAAGCAUUCAACUUUUCAUUUGUAAGAGAAAGGAUGUGGCAUUUCCUCUUUCAAAAGUUACAUAGUCCUGCUUCAAGAUACAUAACCUCGGCCCAAAGUGUCUUCAAAUCAAUUUUCUUACAACAGUGAGUGUUUGGACUGUGAGCGCUGCACAAAGCCCGUCUGAACCCCCAGCAGCACUGUGGCUGAACGCAUCCAGUGUAGACACUCUGACGAAGGGUUGAAGCUGCUGCUGACAUGAUGCUCUCACUAUGCAGACAAGGUGUUAAAAAAAAAAAUCUGAAUGUGCAAAAAAUCUAAAGUCUGAGAUGAUUGUCGCAUCAGAAGUGGGUGACAUGACCAUGAUCAUAUGAUCUCAUUUAAAAGUCAAUUCUGCCCAUUGUCCUUUAAUAUCCUAAAUUUAUUAUUAUUAUUAUUUACUACAUUAACUGAUUUAUCAGUCUAACUGUAGCUUUGCCCUAAUAUGGACUGAUUCAAAGAAAUUACCUUGUAGUAAAUAUUGAAUAUUGUAUGUAAGUAAACUGAGGUAAGAUAUGUAUUUUUUAGGACUAAGGUUUGUUUCAGGAUACAGAUUAACUGUAAACCUGUUCUUUUUGGAUGAACAGAAUAUAUUUUAAUUAUAGAAAACCUCCUGAGGAGUUUGUUUUUAAAGAUUCGAGAAAGGUUGGGUGGUAUCAGUUUUUCCAUUUUUACUCAGUAACUUAAAAUCACCAGGUAACUUGGUUGCAGGGGAUUGAAGGUAGCUAAAUUUGUUGCACAUUAAUGUAAGUUUGCAGAUGUCACAUGGAGAAUAUUAUUAUUAAAUCAAACAACUAUUCUUAUUUAAUUUCAGCUUCCAUUCCACCUUUUUCAACAUUAUGAAAUUCACAGAAGCUGCGAUAUAGAGUCAGAGUUAAAUGUUAUUUCCUACUGUACUUGAUAAAGUCUGAGCACCUUGUGAUUGUAACCAAUAUAUGUAUUUUUUUACCUCAAGUGAAGGCUUCAGUUAAACAACUCAAGUUAACAACUAUAGAAAGCAACAGCGCCGGCAUCAGUUAAUUUAUCUUCACUAAGAAAGCCAACAUGCUUGUUUUGUUGAUGUACUUUUAACAGAUUAUGCAGAGGAGAUGCUACAUUCUUCCUUUGGAGCACUACUAAUCUUGAUUUACACUGUUAUCUUUGCAAUGUUUUGAAAUUUUUUAUAUUGUUAUUUAUCUAUUUCUGUUAGCUUCUAGGAAGCUAUAGUUAUAUAGUUUUAUUUGGGUUUAGUUUGUUUAUAGUGAAAAAGAGAUGUAUAAUUUUUAUUAUUUAUGGUAAAAAUAAAAAUACCUGUUAAGUGCUUUCAAAA